AUGGCUCCACCGAAUCCUCCAGGUGAGAACAAUACGCAAUCUACAUCUUCGGAGCGGGACCGGGACUUCGCGGUCUCGAAACGUAGUAGAGGCAAGACUGGAUGCUUGAAUUGUCGACGCCGAAGGAAAAAAUGUGACGAAAGCAAACCGACCUGCCAGAAAUGCACCACACGAGGUGAUUCCUGUGAAUGGGACACAGGAUACACCUUUCGCUUAAGUAGCAUCGACACUUAUCAUCAUCCCAUGGCCAAUCCCAGGAAUCCCAAGGCUCAGCGUGAUAGCCAGAUCACGAACGUCGGCUCUGGCAAUAUCACAGAAUCCUCACAGCAAAGCGGCACUCAACAUUCAGACACUGUCUCCCAGUCCUCGCGAGAACCUUACAAUGAGCUAAGUGAUGAAGAUGCCGAGGAACGCCAAACUGAUGACGACAAUAUUCCAUUGGCGGAAGACACGAGAGCUCUAAAGCCUUCGUCGGAAGCUGUUGUCCCUUCUUCAAUGCAAGAAGGGGUUAUCUCAAUCUCCCCCACCCUGCAUCAACGCACCGUUCCAGCAGCCCAAACUUCUCCGUACCAAACUGCUGCUAGCGGCUCAACGGGCGGAACACGGAGUGCUUUGAUAAACCAGGGUGAUGGCAAGACAAAUCUUGACUCCUUUCCACGCUCAGUACCCGGAGAGAGUACAGCCAGAUCCCCGAUAGAGAUGACAGCGACACCGGGUCGCAAGAGUUUAGGCCCGUUCAACAGGGGCACGAUUGUUCCACCUCGGCCUGCAAUAAUGUCUUCUGAGCUCGAAGCACUCGAUUAUCUCACAAUUCAGGCGGAUGAACUCAAUAUGUUUGCCUCUCCACCUGAUCAGGCUCCGCAUGUACAGAACUAUCCUUGGAACGACUCAGACGUCGUAAUUUCCCCCUUUGCGGUUGAAUCAACCCACUCCGCUGAGGUUAGCGGCAAUCUUUAUCCGAGUGCAACUUACCAGCACUUGCAUACGACCUUAUAUAAUCAUAUGGUGGAGACAGCGCGCACCACGACUUUGACACGACAGACAUCUCCAGAUCCACUCUCGCAAGGCGACCUCCUGGCCUCUCAAGAUGCCUUAUCCUCCUCGGUGGAUAUCAACAAAAUACGGACACCCGCAGGAGAGCCAAGUCUACGACUGCAGCCAUUGAAACAUGGCAGGUUGACCCAGCGAAGACAGCUCGAACUUUGGCGCAACUACCUUGACGAAAUUGCCCCGUGGCUUGAUAUGUUCGACGGCGACCGAAAUUUCCAGGUAAAGAUACCACUGCUUGCAAAAUCGGCUGACCAUCUCCACUAUGCUGUCCUAGCACUUUCUGCACGGCAAAUGGAGAGAAAAGAUCCUGACAAGCCAUAUACCGAGUCGUUAGGACUAUAUCAAGAAGCAAUCCAGCUUAUUGUCAAGGAACUUGAAAGCUUAGAUACGUCGACGAUCGCUUCCUGCGUUUUACUAUGUGUCUUAGAAAUGAUGAGCUCGUCACCUAGGGCUUGGGGUCGUCAUCUUAGUGGUUGUGCUAUGCUUUUACAGGCAGCAGGCGUCAACGGUGUCGUUGGUGGAGUUCGACAAUCGCUGUUUUGGUGCUUCGCACGAAUGGAUGUCUGGGGGGGAUAUCUUCAAGACACCUUUACCAAAAUUCCCACGAACCGAUGGUUUCUUCCCAGUGGAUUUAUGGUCGAUGCGGUUAACCACUUCAGGGGAAUCUCUGGACGUGAUAGUUAUGCUAACUACGCCGUCUUCCUGUGCGCCAAUGUCAUUAACGUGAUAUCAAUUUCGACUGGUCCGGACGCGGGUCAAGCGGAACAAGAAUCGAGGAGAGGAAACACCAACUCCGCACGAUGGAGGGCGCUAUUCGAUUUGUUGGAAGACUGGUACAAUGGUCGUCCAGAGGAGAUGCAGCCACUCAUGGCAUAUCCAUCCACUGUCAAUGAGCCUGAAGAACCGUUCCCGGUUGUUCUCUAUGGCAACUCCCCAGCUAUCAAUGGCAAUCAGUUAUACCAUGCCGCUGCGAUUUUAAUGUUACAAAAUAAACCCAAAGACAUUCGUCUCUCGAAAUCGCCAAAAUCAAUCCUCUGGCAUGCUCGGCAGAUCUGUGGUACAGCUGUCUCCAACUGCGACCAUGGUGCAUGGAUCAAUUCUUUGCAGCCACUAUGGAUAGCAGGCAAAAUUAUGUCACACGAAACCGAGCAUCGAGUUAUCCUCGACCUGCUAAUGAGAGUCGAGAGGGACACCGGUUGGGCCACCUCAUGGAGAGCCGAGGACCUCAAGGAAUAUUGGGGUGAGGGACAAGGUUGA